AUGUCGGGUGUGAACUUAGCUCAGCAGUAUGAGCAAGAUAAGCAGAAAUUGGUCAGGUUCUGCUUCUCUAAGUAUGAAGCAGACGGCACUCUCCAUGAAUCCUAUAUCACCCACGUUCGAAUUAUCGAAGAUUCUCACUAUCCAUCAACCAAACCUCCCCCAAAUGCGCUGCAUACUCACAAGAAGACCAGAAUUCUUUCUUUGGCGGUGAAAAGAUCCGGAACCGUGAGAUUACAUAAAGGUAGAGAAAAUCCAAAUGGUACAUUUCAAAUUGGAAGAACUUGGAGUUUGGACGAACUAUCGGAGAUCCAGAUCGUUAAUGGUACAGACUGUGGGUUGAUUGUAACUUUGGGAAAACCUUAUUACUGGGAGACUAAUACUGCCAAAGAAAGAACAGUUUUUAUCAAGAGUAUUUGUAACAUUUUCCACAAAUUCACCAGGGGUGGGUUACCUGUCUUGGUUAACUUUGAUAAAAAUGCGUUUUCCGACAUUAUUAAGCUCGGUAAUAAUGGAAGACCUGCUACCUUACGUUACACCAAUGAUACUCCAACCUUUGAUUCACAUGGUCCCGCGUUUGGGAAUAUGGCUACCAAUGCCAGAACCUCUGUUGCCAAUUCAAAUUACAGUAGUAGUAAUAACAAAAACUCUAUGAUAUCAAAUAAUGGUGUCGCCUCUCCUAUGACUCCUAUUAAUCCCCAAAAUGGCUUACCUUCGCCUAUCAGUGUUCGAGAUAAUAGUUAUAUCACUUUAGGCGGAGCUAAUGGCGGGAAUAAUCAAACUAAUGUUAAUACUCCUAAAAAUGAUAAUCACAAUGAUAAUAAAUCAGCAUUGCCUCAUGGUCAAAAGAACUAUGCUUCUCCUGAAACAAUGAAAAAUAAUCCCCCAGCUCUUACUACAAAAAAAUCAUUAGCAUCCCUUCAAAAAAUGAAAUUACAUGAGCAGCAGCAACAGCAGCAAAAACAACAACAACAACAACAACAAAAGCAGACGAUAGCACCAAGCAAAAGCAUGGGUAACUUGUCAAACAAGCCGUCGCUUUCAAAGAUCAAUACCAACAAUAAUAGCACUUCGCAUUUUGGUGCACCAAAAAGCGCAAAGGCAUAUGAUGUGGAUUCUACUAAAAAUCCACCUCCUUUAGCAUUUAAAUCACCAAGUUUGAUGAAUUUAUCUGAUUCUAAAUCAAGGAAUACUUCGCAAUCGCUUUCUUUCAAGUCAUCUUCUCCUCAAGUCAACACUUUUGCUGAAAAUUCCAGAUCUGCUCUAAAGAAUGAUAUUCUAAAUGGCAGUAGUGAAGGUAUUGACAGGGGAUUCUUGAAAAAUGAACUUAAUAGUGUGGAUAACAAUGGUAUUGAUGCGGCCAUUGACCAGUCGAAGAAUAUGCUUUCACCAGGGAAAAUUUUUGAUUCCCCAACCCACUCUAGCUUCUCAGAAACUAACUCUAAUUCUCUUACCGUUAAGUCGAACCGAUCCUCUAUUUUGGAUGUGGAAUUCAAAAGUACAUCUCCACGGAACUCCAUUCAUAGAAAGAAUACUGAUCGUGAAGACAAUGACGAUUCAACCGUUGUGAUGAAUGAGAUUUACAAGCAAAGAUCUCUAAACAAGAAACCAAGCAUGAAGUUGAAAAAGAGCAGUUCCAAUUUAUACAGUGAAGUCCGUGCCUCCUCUGAUAUAUCUUCAAUGCCUCCUCCGCCUACUAUCAUUCGUACAACCACUAGUGAUUCCGAUUUUGCUAAAAAUGUUCCAGCUGGAAAAUAUUAUAAUGAUGAUGAUGAUGAUGACGAUGACGAUGAUGACCUUGAAAAUUCUGGCAACGAUCUUGACAAUAACAGGAGUAACAAUAAAGAUGUUGGGGACAUUGAAAAUUAUGGUAUUUAUGAUGAUAAUAUUAUUGAGGAUAAAAGAGCGGCAGCCGAUAACAAAAGAAUUUCCAUGAGCAGAAGGGAUGAUUCAACACCUUUAGAAGAACUAUUCGAGGAAAUUGAAUGGGAUAGUAGAGAUGAUUCCAAAAAGGUUACCCAAAAGUUGAUGAGAACAUUGUUGAAGACUGAAUACGAGUCAAUUAACUCAUUGAUCAAUAUAUCUGCGAAUUUUAGUGCCAUUGAUCAAUUUAUCGACGAAAGUAUUCUGCAAUGUGAAAAAUUAGACCCAAUGCUCACGUUCUUUCAAGUGGAAUUGGAUGGUUUUAGUGAAGAGAUUUCUUUCAUUGAAAACCAAUCUUCAGGGUUACAAGUUACCACCGCUAAUAAGAAGAUAUUGUGGAAUGAAUUAAAAGAUAUUCUCAGCAAUGUUAGUUUGAGUUCUGAAGAAUUAAGAGUUUUGACAACUUAUCAAAUUUCUAGAAAUGAGAAUAACAUCAUUACCAUCGAAAAAGUUCUACGCGGGCUUUAUUCUGCAUUGAAAACCAUUAGAGGAGCUGGAGGUGCCAAAUCUAAGAGUGCAGAUUUAAUUGAAAAUGAUCUUGGGAAUAUGAGAGCCUUAACGGAGCGUAACAGAGUUUAUGAACAAUACAGUCAGGGCUUCCUUACUGGAGUUCAAAAUUCCUUGUCUAAGGAAUUUGGCUCUGUUUUCAAUGAGAUUGAUAAUAUUAGCAACCAAGCGUUUGGUAGAACUAAUGCGCUGAUUGACACUCAAUGGAUAAUCAAGACUUUAAACAAUCAUUUUUCCUCUCUACUUAUUUACGCAGGUUUUGUCUUGUAUGCCAAAGAAAUUUCUCUGGAUAAGUUCUUUACUAUUACAGAUGUUUAUCAAAAAUACUCAAGAAGAUCAUUCUAUCAAUUUAUUGAAAAUGCUUUGAGUUUCCACACCCGCUCUUUAAAAGAGUGUCUUGGAGAUCAUAAAUACAACUUUUCUUUUGAUUACAGAGACACUAAAUCUAAUCUCACAAUUAAUCCAAACGAGCGGGCUACUGCGAGAAAUGUGAUCAAGAUAUUUGAUUCUAAACUAUGUGCCACAGUUUUUGACACAACGUAUGGUAUUCUUAAGUUAUUGCAAGAUUUGAUUGCUCAACAGCAGAAUUUUAUUGCUGAUUUCUUCCAUUAUUCAUCAUUGAAUGAAAUGAGCUUAGACGAUUAUUUGAAGGUUUUUGAAAAUCCAAAAGAUAGAGUAACCUCAUUCUUGGAAAAAAAAGACACAUAUCGAAUUAUGAAUAAGCAAAAUCAUGAUGCCGGUUACGGAGAUGAUACAGAAGAAAGCAAGUCAACUUUGUUAAUUGAAAACAUCUUCUCCCCUGAAAUAAAAAUGAUUAUCAAGCAUAUGAUUAAUUUCUCAUCUGAAAAUUGUCAAAUAUCUCCUGCUAUUGUAUUGAGCCUUGAACAUAAUAUCCAGCAAAUGGCCAAACUGAAUAACGAUUUCGUUAUUGCGAGUUAUUUGAAAAAGGUUUCAAAUAGAUUCAAAAAUAGCUGGUUCAGUUACAACCAGGCACAAACCAAAAUAUUUGUCAACAAUUUGAACUCUAGUCUUUUAAUGGACAAACAGAUUGGUUUGCUAUUUGUUAUCAAGUCCUAUGUCCAGAUAGUUAAAUUUCUUGAAAGCUCUUUGACUUUGACAAACUUACCUGAAGAGCUUAUAGAAGAUAGUUCGGUUAGACUGAUUUUGAACAUGACUUAUAAUGAUUAUAAUAACUAUAUCAUCAAGUCCUUUGAAAGCACUUACAAAUCCAUUAUGAACAGCUCUCCAAAUAUGAAAAACAGGAGAAUAACCAGAUCUAGUGUUCCUCCAAAAAUGAAGAAAGGACAAGGAGAGGAGAUCAAUGUAAACAAGUCUGUUAAUUUGAUCGUUAAUAGUAAUUAUUUAAUCAGUUCAUUUGAACCGCUCAACUUGGAAAUUUUCAAUGACUUCCGGACCGAUUUGCUCGAUAACACUUAUAAGGAAUGUGUGAUUUUCUAUAUUGAUUCAUUAUUGCAAUCAAGCUUGAGCAAAUUGACUGAGUUUAUUGAUGGUAUUGAAUCAUUGUUGAAAAAUCCUUCCAGAAAUAUAAGUGUUGAUCCAACCAAAAACAACGCCUACUCCAAAGAAAGUUUCCAUCAGUUGAUCUCCUUCUAUAAUAAAUCAGAAGUUUUCCAGGGAAUUCAAAUCAAUUACAAAAAAGUGGAGAAUGACUUUGCGUACUUUAACAAGAGCAAUUCCACGGAAGAUGAAGAAUUACUUUUCUUGGAUAUUAAUGAAAGAGAAAUUGAGUAUGUUCAAAACAAGCUCAUCACAAAAAUCUGGCAACAAGUUGAAACUGAAUACAUUUUGAUUUAUAAGAGAUUGGAAGGCAUCAUCAAUAAGUACUAUAGAGAUGUUGAUGCAGAAGUCAACAGAAAUAACUUAAUUCAAAUGUUCAAAAAUGUCAAGAAGAGCAAUAGCAUUUCUUACUGA